UUAUUCUCCCUGAUUAAUCUUUUUUUUUUCCUACUGAGAGUUCAAUUUGUCUCUUUUCUGCCUCGUCCCCUAGGUUUCCCUGAAAUCCUGCUGAGAGGUUAGCACUCCCUGCCAAAGUCAGUGUGCAAAACCCCAGAGAAAUCCAGCUCAUUCCUGGGGAAAACCACCAAGACUGCCCAGCCCUGUGUGGGGUUCAAGCAAGUUUCUCACACGUGCCUUCUUGGCACGAGGUCUCUGCAAUCCCAUGAGUCCGCAAAGAGACUCAGUUCUAAAAGUUGGUCUCCACCAGCUCUCUGUGGCUUAGGGGGUCAAGUUCAACUGUGAAAGCCCUGUUCUGUUUUGAUUUUGCUUUGAGGGGGAGGAAGCCGCCCCUUCUGUUUGUUUAACUCCUUCUCCUAAAGGGAGAAAUCAAUAUUUAUGUCCAGACUCCAGGUAUCUGUACAAUUGAUUUUUCAGAUGUUUAUACUGAUAAUUCAUCCAAAGGCAGGAUCUCAUAAAAACAAAAAAAAAUUUUUUUUUGGCUGUACUUUUGUGAAGAUUUUAUUUAAAUUCCUUAUUGAUCAGUGCUUAUAAGGUGAUUUGGAAUAACCAUGUAAAAACAAUAUACAACGAAAGUAAGCUAAAAAUCUAUAUACAAUUCCUAGAAAGGAAAAGGCAAAUAUAGAGAGUGGCGGAAGUUCCCAACAUUUCUAGUGUUUUCCUUUUGAGGCAGAGAGGGGAUUGGCAUUAGGCUAUUGGAGGAUUUUGAAAGGAUGCUGUUAUUCUUCUGUGGACAAAAACAACAACAUAUUAACAGUUAAACGUGGAGACAUUUCAGGGGGAUCUUUCAGAAGAUGCAUUUCUAAUUUUGGGGGAGAGUCAGCUGUUCACCAGAGACCCGAAUACAGCAAAUCAAGUCGCCUGCCCUGGCAGCACUUUCAAAAGACUGGAGUGGGAAUCAGAGCUUCACGGGUUAAAAAGCCGAUGUCACAUCAGCCGUUCAAAACUCCUCCUCUCGCAGUGAGGUGAAGACAUUUGAAAAUCACCCCACUGCAAACUCCUCCCCCUGUUAGAAACCUCACGUUGAAAUGCUGUAAAUGACGUGGGCCCCCGAGUGCAAUCGCGGGAAGCCAGAGUUUCCAGCGAGGACACAGCGGGUCCUGAUCCGGGUCGGGACACUUUCUGCCAGAGGCUGCGAGCAUGGGGCCCUGGGGCUGGAAACUGCGCUGGACCGUCGCCUUCCUCCUCGCCGCGGCGGAGGCUGCAGUGGGCGACAGAUGUGAAAGAAACGAGUUCCAGUGCGAAGACGGGAAAUGCAUCUCCUACAAGUGGGUCUGCGAUGGCACCGCUGAGUGCCAGGAUGGCUCUGAUGAGUCCCAAGAGACAUGCUUGUCUGUUACCUGCAAAUCCGGGGACUUCAGCUGCGGGGGCCGUGUCAACCGCUGCAUUCCUCAGUUCUGGAGGUGUGAUGGCGAAGUGGACUGUGAGAACGGAUCAGAUGAGCAAGACUGUCCCCCCAAGACGUGCUCCCAGGACGAGUUUCGCUGCCACGACGGGAAAUGCAUCUACCGGCAGUUCGUCUGUGACUCAGACCGGGACUGCUUGGACGGCUCGGACGAGGCCUCCUGCCCGGUGCUUACCUGCGGCCCCGCCAGCUUCCAGUGCAACAGCUCCACCUGCAUCCCCCAGCUGUGGGCCUGCGACAACGACCCCGACUGCGAAGACGGCUCGGAUGAGUGGCCUCAGCGCUGUCAGGGUCUUGAAGUGCCCAAAAGGGACAGUAGCCCCUGCUCGGCCUUCGAGUUCCACUGUCGAAGUGGCGAGUGCAUCCACUCUGGCUGGCGCUGUGAUGGAGGCCCCGACUGCAAGGACAAGUCUGACGAGGAGAAUUGCCCUGUGGCCACCUGUCGCCCUGACGAAUUCCCAGUGUCUGAUGGAACUGCAUCCAUGGGCAGCGGCAGUGUGACCCGGGAAUAUGACUGCAAGGACCUGAGCGAUGAAGUUGGCUGCAUUAACGGGAUGGGGAGGCACUCUCGGUUCCAUUGCCGGGUUUCCUCUGCCCCCCUGACCUUGCUCCCCGGGUCCCCAGGCUCCAUCGCCUACCUCAUCUUCACCAACCGGCACGAGGUCAGGAAGAUGACGCUGGACCGGAGUGAGUACACCAGCCUCAUCCCCAACCUGAGGAAUGUGGUCGCUCUGGACACGGAGGUGGCCAGCAAUAGAAUCUACUGGUCCGACCUGUCCCAGAGAAUGAUCUACAGCACCCAGCUUGACAGAGCCCACAGCGUCUCCUCCUACGACACCGUCAUCAGCAGGGACCUCCAGGCCCCCGACGGGCUGGCUGUGGACUGGAUCCACAGCAACAUCUACUGGACCGACUCUGUCCUGGGCACUGUCUCCGUUGCGGAUACCAAGGGUGUGAAGAGGAAAACGUUAUUCAGAGAGAACGGCUCUAAGCCAAGGGCCAUCGUGGUGGAUCCUGUUCAUGGCUUCAUGUACUGGACUGACUGGGGAACUCCCGCCAAGAUCAAGAAAGGGGGCCUGAACGGUGUGGACAUCUACUCGCUGGUGACUGAAAACAUUCAGUGGCCCAAUGGCAUCACGCUAGAUUUCCCCAGUGGCCGCCUCUACUGGGUUGACUCUAAACUUCACUCCAUCUCAAGCAUCAACGUCAACGGGGGCAACCGGAAGACCGUCUUGGAGGACGAAAAGAGGCUGGCCCACCCCUUCUCCUUGGCCAUCUUUGAGGACAAAGUAUUUUGGACAGAUAUCAUCAACGAAGCCAUUUUCAGUGCCAACCGCCUCACAGGUUCUGAUAUCAAUUUGUUGGCCGAAAACCUACUGUCCCCAGAGGAUAUGGUCCUCUUCCACAACCUCACCCAGCCAAGAGGAGUGAACUGGUGUGAGAGGACCACGCUGAGCAAUGGCGGCUGCCACUAUCUGUGCCUACCUGCCCCACAGAUCAACCCCCAGUCGCCCAAGUUUACCUGCACCUGCCCGGACGGCAUGCUGCUGGCCAAGGACAUGAGGAGCUGCCUCACAGAGGCUGAGGCUGCAGUGGCCACCCAGGAAACCUCCACCGUCAGGCUAAUGGUCAGCUCCAAAGCCGUAGCGACACAGCACACAACCACCCGGCCUGUUCCCAACACCUCCCAGCUGCCUGGGGCCACCCCUGGGCUCACCACGGCGGAGACAGUGACGAUGUCUCACCAAGCUCUGGGCGACGUUGCUGGCAGAGGAAAUGAGAAGAAACCCAAGAGCGUGGGGGCUCUGUCCAUCGUCCUCCCCAUUGUGCUCCUCGUCUUCCUCUGCCUGGGGGCCUUCCUCCUCUGGAAGAACUGGCGGCUGAAGAGCAUCAACAGCAUCAACUUUGACAACCCUGUCUAUCAGAAGACCACAGAGGAUGAGGUCCACAUUUGCCGCAACCAGGACGGCUACAGCUACCCCUCGAGACAGAUGGUCAGUCUGGAGGAUGACGUGGCGUGAACAUCUGCCUGGAGUCCCUGGAGUCCGUCCCUGCCCAGAACCCUUCCUGAGACCUCGCCGGCCUCGUUUUAGUCAAAGACAGAGAAGACCAAAGCAUUGCCUGCCAGAGCUUUGUUUUAUAUAUUUAUUCAUCUGGAAGGCAGAACAGGCUUUCCAUGCAGUGGCUUGGGUUGGGAUUUUUGGUUUCUUUCUUUACUUGUGAAGGAGAAGAGAAACAGGCCCAGGGGUGCCAGGAUGACACGUCCGUUUGGAAGUUUUGAGUUUCUCUCCACCGUGACACAAUCCUCAAACGUGGAAGAUGAAAGGGCAGGGGAUGUCAGGUCCAGAGAAGCAAGUGGCUUAACACACGACAGCAGAUGUCACCAACGGGACCCCUGGCCCUGCCUCGUCCACCAGUCUCUAAGCCGAACCCUUAAACUCAGGAGUCAACGUGUUUACCUCUUCUACGCAAGCCUUGCUCAACAGCCAAGUUAGCCUUUGCCCUGUCACCCCCGAAUCAGGACCCACCCAGUGUCUUUCAAGCUGGGCUUGUACCUUCCUCAAACCGGGAAAGGGAUUCAUGGCGUCGGAACUGAUCUGGCUGAAUCCGGGGUGGCACCGAGACCAAACUCAUUCCCCAAAUGAUGCCACUUCCCAGAGGGAGAGCCUGAGUCUCUGGUCACCCUUCAUAUUUAUUAAGUGCCUGAGACACCCGGUUACCUUGGCCAUGAGGACACGUGGCCUGCACCCAGGUGUGGCUGUCAGGACGCCAGCCUGGUGCCCGUCCUCCCCCCCCCACCCACUUCCAUUCCUGUGGUCUCCUUGCACUUUCUCAGUUCAGAGUUGUACAUUGUGUGAACUCAGCAUCUGUGUUGUUUUGCACUGUUUUCUGUCGCGUGUGUUGGGAUGGGAUCUCAGGCCAGGGAAAGCCCGUGUCAAUGAAUGCCGGAGACAGAGAGGGGCAGGUUGACCGGGAUUUCAAAGCCGUGAUGGUGAAUAUUGAGAACUGCCAUUGUCUUCUUUAUGUCUGCUCACCUAGUGCCUCCACUACUAUGCAAAUGCCUCCAAGCCAUUCACAUCCCCGAUCUUGUCAUUGAUGGGUAUGUGUUUAAAACAUGCAUGGUGGCCGGGCGCGGUGGCUCAAGCCUGUAAUCCCAGCACUUUGGGAGGCCGAGACAGGCGGAUCACGAGGUCAGGAGAUCGAGACCAUCCUGGUUAACAUGGUGAAACCCCGUCUCUACUAAAAAA